GAUAUUGCAAGAUAUAGCAAAUUGAUCUCCCCGAAGGACACCGGGCAUAAUGAACAUAGAGAGGCGAGGUUGCUUGAGAGGUGUCCUCCUGGCCAUGAAGGCAAAAGGUUGGUCGAUGAACCUGCAAUAAUUCUUGAUGCAUCUGGUGCCAUCAUUGCAUGUUAUCUCCCAGAUGCCCUGACAGACACCACCCAGAAGGAAAUCAGGGAGGCCACCGAUUUGCUCUCUCCAAGCCUCGAAAAAAGUGUAAGGGCUGAUGGCAAUUGGCGAACUAAUCAAAGGUUGUUCAACCGGGGCUCGGAAGAUGUUGGAGCAACUCACGGAUGCAUCAAUCUAUCUCCAGCAUGGUUUCAACAGGGACAUGAGAAUGUGUCCGAUCCAGAGGUAUCUGCAUCAUUGAAGGGACCUUCCUGCGAGAAUAUCCUCAAAGCCAUUGCAAGGCCAGCAGCCAUCGCGUCCGCGGCACUCAGAGUCAUGCAUCCUGAGCAGUACUGGGCAGGGUUGAGAACCUUGUCAAACCUUGGAAAUAUAGCAGUAAGCAAGGAUCUGCCACAGAUGCCGGAGGCCCUGCAGUACUGGGCAUCUGUGUUUAACACCCUCUCC